GAGAUUCAUUCAGUCACAUACUAUCAACUAAAGUCGACAAGUGACAUUAAAGUUAACUUUUUUAAUUAAUCAACGCCAAUAUAUGUCCGUGUAAGCAUACAGCUUUCCAAAUUUGUGGUUAGUCAAAUUGUGCGAUCGGUGUUAACUUAGGGCGUUGAAGUUAGAUGCAGUUGUCCGAUCAAAGUGUGCCAACAUCGGCGGAGGAGCAGACACUGUCGCCCCUCCAGAUGUAAACGCGAUGGCUCCGCUUGGGAAACAACGGCGGUCGUCGUACGCUCGGACAUGGAGGACGUCUCGGCGUAGCGAAAUGGUUGGGUGGGGAGUAGGAAGCUGCUACGCGUUGACUGGAGGGAGACGGCGAGUGAGAUGGAGGCGGGGGAAGAAUCAUCUCUGCGGGGACUGGAGCCGAGGACCGACGGCGCAGUACUGGCGAUCGUUCAACCCUCCCCUUCUUCCUCCACAACGACGCCGAAGCUCACGCCGAGCAGCAAGACCCGGACUACCGACCACCGAGCUCGAAGAACCCGCCUUCCAGACCUCGCUUGUGCUCUUUUUUGGCAGCCCGCGUGGUUGAGUUCUCAGCCGUCAUUUCGUCGGCCGAGCAGUGCGCCAUUGGACCUUGUCACGAUUCAAAAAGGUAUCACCCACAAAUGAAUGGAGACAUGGAGACAACAUGCCAAGACCAAGCCUGGGGGCAGGAUGACCUCCUCCAGCUGCUGGAAGCCAUGAAGGUGGCCCUGCCCCAAAAAGACCUGACCAAGUACAAGACGUCAGAGUCCCACCUGGACUGGCAGAAGGUGGCCUUCAAUUCCUACACGGCCGAGAUGUGCAAGCAGAAGUGGCAAGAGGUUUCCAAAGAGAUCCGUAAAUUCAGGACCCUAACAGAGCUCAUAUUUGAUGCUCAGGACUACAUCAAGAACCCAUAUAAAGGCAAGAAAAUAAAGAAACAUCCGGAUUUCCCCAAAAAGCCUCUGACUCCAUACUUCCGCUUCUUCAUGGAGAAGCGGGCCAAGUAUGCAAAGUUGCACCCAGAGAUGAGCAACUUGGAUCUGACCAAGAUCCUGUCCAAGAAGUACAGAGAGCUGCCCGACAAAAAAAAGAAAAAAUAUGUGGACGACUUCCUGCGGGACAAAGAGACAUUUAUGCACAGCAUGAUGAGGUUCAGGGAGGAACACCCUGACCUUAUGGAGAGCAUGACCAAGAAAAGCUCAAAUGUCCCUGAGAAGCCCAAAACACCUCAACAGCUGUGGUACACCCAUGAGAAGAAAGCUUUCCUCAAAGGCCACCCGGAUGCCACCACCAAGGACAUCAAGGACUGCCUGGGCAAACAGUGGACUCAGCUGUCGGAUAAAAAGAGACUCAAAUGGAUUGCCAAGUCGCUGGAGCAACAGAAACAGUACGAGGGGACAAUGCGCGAGUACAUCCAACAGCACCCAGAGUUAAACCUGACACAGGGGGACAUAGUCAAGUCCACACUGACCAAAGCCGAGAGGCACCUGAAGGACAAAUCUGACGGGCGCCCCGACAAACCUCCACCGAACGGCUACUCCAUGUUCUGUGCUGAGCUGAUGUCCAGCAUGAAGGAUGUGCCCAGCACAGAGCGCAUGGUGAUGUGCAGCCAGCGGUGGAAGCUGCUCAAGCAGAACGAGAAGGACGCCUACCAGAAACGCUGUGAACAGAGGAAGAAGGAGUUUGAAAUUGAGAUGAACAGAUUCCUCAGCAGUUUGUCCGAGGAGGAGCAGCAACGGGUGCUGGGCGAAGACAAGGUUGGCUUCAAGAGAGGCAGUGUGGCCAACAGCCCUGCAUCCAAAAAGAAGAACUCUAAAGCCAAGGUCACCCCAGAAAAACCCAAGAGGCCCAUCUCCGCUAUGUUCAUUUUCUCGGAGGAGAAGCGCCCCAAACUACACCAGGAGCGCCCUGAUCUUUCUGACAGCGAGCUCACCAGGCUCCUGGCGCGCAUGUGGAACGAGCUGCCAGACAAGAAGAAGGAAAAGUACAAACGACUGGAGGCAGUCCUGAAGGCGGAGUCAGAGAAGAAAGAGGAUCGCAGUCUGCCCGACCCACCCAAGACGGCGCAGGACAUCUGGCAGCAGAGUGUCAUUGGAGACUACCUGGCCAGAUUUAAGAACGACCGUCCAAAGGCCCAGAAAGCUAUGGAAGCCACGUGGAGCACUAUGGAGAAGAAAGAGAAGAUCAUGUGGAUAAAAAAGGCGGCAGAGGACCAGAAACGAUACGAGCGAGACCUGUGCGAGAUGCGCUCACCCGUCGCCACCGCCGUGGCCUCAGGGAAGAAGAUGAAGUUCGAGGGCGAACCCAAGAAGCCGCCGUCAAACGGAUAUCAAAAGUUCUCCCAGGAGAUGUUGUCCAACGGAGAGCUGAACCACCUGCCCAUGAAGGAGAGGAUGACGGAGAUCGGCAGCCGCUGGCAGAGGCUACCCCUGAAGGACAAGGACCGCUACAAGAAGAUUGCCGAGGAGAUGCAGAGGCAGUACAAAGUGCUGCUGGAGCAGUGGCUUGCUAGCGUGUCUUCUCAAGUGAGGAACACAUACAAAGAAUAUAAUUCUCAGAAAAGGAAAAGUACAGCGAAACCAGGAGGACCCAAGGCCAAAGCCAAGAAAUCCGACACGGAGGAAGAGGAGGAAGAGGAGGAGGAGGAGGAGGACGACGAUGAUGACGAAGACGAUGAGGAUCAGGACAGGGCUUCCUCCGACGGCGCCUCCUCCAGCGAGGACGACGAGGAUGAUGACGACGAUGAUAAGGACGAUGACGACGAUGAUGAAGACGACGACGACGACGACGAGGUGGACGACAAGGAGAACAAGUCGGAAGACAGCAGCAGCGAGUCAAAUUCAGGGGGCUCGUCGGACUCCGACUCGGACUGAAAGCGGGCGCGUCGUCGCCGUGGCGACUGACGGACUGAGCAGCGCUGAGCUGAGCCACAAGGGUCCAUCCAGGGAGCUCUGCCACUGUGCCAACCCUCCUCUCUCUCCUCCCACCACCAGAGGGAGCCCCUGCAAAUGCCUCCUCCAUUUCACAUGCCCACCCACUUUUUUUUUUUUUAUUAUUUUUUUUACAUUUCUCACUUUUUGUCUAAAAUCCCAAAUUUUGUCCCUAGUCCGAGUUAGACCGAGUGGCUCGAGAACUGCAUCCCACUGGUUUGGCGAUGUUGCGAACUUUUUUCCGACGAUUUACGGUUCAGAGUUUUAAUGUACCGAGCCUCCUGUUUCUUAUUAUUUUAUUGUUGUGUGUGUGUGUGUGUGUGAGCGGUGAACAGGCUUCUCAGAGCCAAAGAACAUAACCACGUGGGAGGGGGAGGGGGUGAGGCUGGGGGUGGAUGUGUGCGUACGGAAUAAUUGCACUCUUUAGAAUGUCUCUUGUUCAUACUUCUUUACUCGCCACUCCUCUUGUUCUUCAGAUUUGGAUUUUAUGGUUUAGUUCUUAGAGAGGUGGUAUUUUUUCAGAAAAAAACCCCAACAAGCCAUGAUGAAUGUCUUUUUUUUUGUUUGUUUUUUUUUGGGGUUUUUGAUGUCGCUGGAAUAUUUCUGACUUCUUUAGUCAUGUUCUCAUUUAAAAGCUGUAGUGCCCAUAAUGUUUUCAAACCCUCCCUUUUCACUUUUAGUGAAGAGAAAUUGGUUAGGAACUGAAUUUAGUGGCUGCUUGUCAUAAUUUCUGGACACCACUGCAAAUAAAUAUUGCAUAAUUUCCACAUUUUAGUUGCUGAGAUGGCGUGUGUAUGUGUGUGCCUUGGCAUGGCUUCAACUGCUCCACUAAGUACUCAGAGUACACAAGGAAGCUGAUUACAGAUUUUUAAUAAAAAAAAGUUUUAAGGGAGGGAGUUUAAACUUGGUAUGGGCACUGCAAAUAUAUAUUUUUUAAAUAUUUUUAUUUCAUAUGAGGUGUCAGAAUACUGUGACACAUUCUGUUAUGUUUGUGUGAAACAAUUCCUCUCAGUUUGCAAGUUUGGACUUUUUUUUUUUUUCCCUGUUAUAACAGAAAUAAACCAGUUUGUUGUGCGACCACAGA